AUGGCGUCGUUCAAAUGGCUUAGCGGGGCGAUUGCAAUCCUCUGCGUGCUGACUUUCUCAGGAUUAACUGUGGCGUUGGCAUCUCGUGGCAAGGCGCUGGAGAGUCACAGAACCACACACGAUGCUCGUGAAAUUCAUGCCGAUUCGUUUGUCAGGCACCGCACUCUGAGCGACUCCACUCCAGCAGAGCCCCUGCCAGAAGGAGGGCCGUCUCCUCCCAGUCCACCCACUGUCGCAUUCACCCCACCAGUGUCAUCACCGGCAUCACCGUCAUCACUGCAGUCGCCAUGCGUGAACCAACCACUUUCAGGCAUCUGGUCUCUUCUCCCACCCUUCCUCCGCAUUGGAGGUGGCAACAGCUGCAAUGGUGACAGCAGCAGCGGCGUUGGUGGGGGGGAGGGGGUGGCGGGAGCGGCGGCGGCGGUGACUGGACGUGUCGGUGGGGAAGUGGGGGAGGUGGCGGAGUUGCUGACAGGGCGCGGUGGUGGCGAGGAGGAGGGGUUGGUAGGAGCGGCGACGGAGGUGGCGGGACGUUUUGGUGGGGAGGUAGGGGAGGCAGCAGAGUUGCUGACAGGGCGCGGUGGUGGUGGCGUUUCCAGUGACGGCUCUGGCCGUCUCGGCAUCCUGCCUGCCUCCCCGUCGGCAUCCCCUCGUCGCUCCCCUCCUCGUUCCCCUCCGCUCUCCCCUCCGCACUCCCCUUCGCGCCCCUCUCCUCGCUCCUCUCCCCGCUCUUCUCCGCGCUCCCCUCCUGGCGUCCCAGCGUCUCAGAAUCCCUCAUGGCUCUCCUCGGCGCCCAACCCAUCAUCUCUUCUCCUUCUACUGAACAUACGUCUUCAACUGCUUCCUUUCUCCCUUCCCUUUCCCCAUUCCAUCAUCCCUUUGCUUCACCUCUUCCCUCCCGCUGCAGCAUUCUACUGGACAUACGUGUUCAAUUGUUUUGGCGAGCACUCGUGGCGGUUUGCAGGAGCAGCGCUGCUCGCACUGCUGCACCACUCGCUGCUGCCCGUGGCUGUGGCCAGCUUCGUCAGCCAGGCGAGUCGCUUGCCUUGUGCUUACUCACGUGCACAGCACAAGUGCAUGCUGCACUUGUCACUCGCUGCUCGCACUGCUGCACCACUCGCUGCUGCCCGUGGCUGCGCUCCCCUCGUGGGAGAGCUUAUGUACUCCGCUCCUCGUGGGGCUGCAUUCACCCCACCCUCGCUCCCCUUCCCCACCUUACCCACCCCAUAUCCACCCUCUCUCCCCCCCCCCCCUCUUGCCCCCUCCCCCCCUCCCUUGCCUCCUUCCCCCCUCCCUUGCCCUCUUCCCCCCUCCCUUGCCCCCUUCCCCCAGUUGGUGGUAUUUAUUGGUGCUCCCCUCGUGGGAGAGCUUAUGGACUCCGCUCCUCGUGUGGCUGCAUUCAGCACCAUCUCUGUUGCUCAGACCACUGCCAUGGUAGUAGCAGCUCUAGCCACCAUACACGCCAUUCAACUCUCCGCCCCAGCUGCUGCUAGCGCAGUUGCCACGUCAGCCGCCACGUCAGCCGCCACGUCAGCUACCACGUCAGCCCUGGCUGCUCUCCCGGGCACGGCUGUGCUGCGGCAAGUGUGGUUCGUGGUGCUGGUGGUGGCUGGCGCGGUUGAGAGGCUCACUGGAUUGGCCUCAGGAGUGGCAUUCGAGCGAGACUGGGUGAUUGUGCUGGCAGGACAGGAUCGGCCUGUGGCUCUGGCCAACGCCAAUGCCAUGCUCAGGAGGGUGGAUCUAUGCUGCGAGGUAGCAGCGCCCCUCAUCUUUGGAUGGCUUAUUGUUGCCUUUGGCCCACUGAUCUGCGCCAGAGCAUGUGUCGCCCUCGUUGCUCUCUCCCUCCCUGCCCUGCUCGCCCUCACCACGCUCACCAACCCAACGCUUCAGCUGCAGAACCCCUCGUCUCGCUCUGCUGCUUCCACCGCUCAUGCUUGCAUCCUCCACCUGUGCCACAUGCAACAGCAGGGAUGCCAUGCCUACGUGCAGCAGGCUGUGAUGCCCGCCAGUGCAGCUUACGUGCUGCUCUUUUCCAAUGCUAUUCUCUCGCCCGGGGGGCUCCUCACCUCCCUCCCUCCCUUUCUCCCCUCCCUCCCUCCCUCCCCUCCUCACUCUCCGUCUCCCUCCGCUUCCCUUUUCUCCAACUACCAGGCGUGCAAAUGUCAGUGA